AAUGCUGCCAAAAAACGCAAGAAAUAUUUCCCAAUCGAAACCAUAUAUCAUCAUCAUCUUGGGACACAGAAAGAAAGAAGGGGUUUUGGUUUUACAGAGUAGCAGAGAGGCCAAUUUGAUCUUGAUCAACAAUGGAGCAAUGGGACACUACCACCAAAUCAACCCUCACUAAAAUCCCACUUCUCACCACUAAAGCCGGUCCUCGCGACGGCGCUGCUUGGACCCAGCGUCUUAAGGAGGAAUACAAGGCGUUGAUCGCCUACACUUCCAUGAACAAAGCCAAUGACAACGACUGGUUUCGAAUUUCUGCCGCUAAUCCUGAAGGCACUCGUUGGGUUGGCAAGUGUUGGUAUGUCCACAAUCUUCUCAAGUUUGAAUUUGAUCUUCAAUUCGAUAUUCCUGUCACUUACCCUGCUACUGCUCCUGAGCUUGAACUUCCUGAACUCGAUGGCAAGACUCACAAGAUGUAUAGAGGAGGGAAGAUUUGCUUGACUGUGCAUUUCAAGCCGCUUUGGGCCAAAAAUUGUCCUCGGUUUGGUAUCGCGCAUGCUCUGUGUUUGGGCCUUGCUCCAUGGCUUGCUGCGGAGAUUCCCAUUCUUGUUGAUUCAGGUAUGAUCAAGCACAAGGAUGAUGUUGCCGCCUCUUCCAGCGACAACAGUUAGCUACUCAACUCCCAACUAUACAAAAGGGGUUUGGCUGAUCACCAUAGGUAGUGGAAUGAAGAAGUAUCAGGAAACUGUUUAUAUUUGUUUAAUUUAGAUAACUUUGAGGAGCUAAACUAUACUUGGAUUGUCACAAUGCACAACCAAUUUGUUGAGAUUUAUGCAGUUGAUGCAGAGAUUUAAUAUUUUUUUCGCUGACACAGUGACGCUGUCUGUACUGCCUCACCCCUCAUGAUUCACAGCUGUGAAAUCUGUAAUUGUGUUUUGUGUGUAUGCUUCUGAAGCUUUUAAGUUAUUUUCUUUUAAGUAUACUAUAAAGACCUUCAUGGGUAA